AUGAACCACUCUAUACCACCUGCAGAUAAAGGCGCCUCUGAUAAUGAAGAGUCUUUGAAGAGACAGUCAUGGUUUCCCAGAAGACUCUCCAUCGAGGAGGGAGGUAUUGAGCGUGUCACGGAUGAUGAGAGAAAGCAGCAUACUACUAAAUUCUGGCAUGCUGCUACAUUCUGGUUCAGCGCCAACAUGGCAAUUGCCACUCUCAACAUCGGGUCACUGGGCGGCUCCAUGGGCCUAGGAUUCUGGGAUUGCUUCAUUGUGAUUGUAGUGGUCAAUCUAUUCAGCGAUCUCCUCCCAGCUUGGACAGCUACAGCCGGACUGACAGGGUUGCGAAUGACAACCUUUUCGCGGUAUUCCUUCGGCUACUGGGGUAACAUGCUUGUCGUGGUAUUCUCGAUGAUUGCAACGACUGGCUGGAACGCCAUAAACUCCAUUUCAGGAGCCUCCGUCCUCAACGCACUAUCGAACGGAAAAUGUCCCACCUGGGCCGGUGUCAUCAUCAUAUGUACACUGGUGUGGGUUAUAUGCGCACUAGGGAUAACAUGGAUCCAUCGUCUAGACACGUUCAUCUGGAUCCUCCCGUUCAUCGUGUGGUGCGUUGCUGCCGGGACGGGCGCAUCGUCAUUUACGACCGCGAGCUCGAAACACCUCGAGGGCGCGGAUAGAGCGGCCGCCGUGCUUUCUUACAUGGCAAGUAUAUUUUCGUUUUCACUUUCGUGGGUCAAUUGUGCUGCAGACUAUAAUGUUCGUAUGCCGCAUGAUACUCCGCGAUGGAAGAUCUUCAGUGCGACGUACGUGGGUAUCUUCGUCCCUAGUGUCUUGGUUCAAUCACUAGGUGCAGCUUUAUAUUCUGGGACUGUGACAAGUGUCGAAUGGAAAGAUGCUUAUUCAGUUUCCUCAAUUGGAGGAUUGCUCGAGAUGGCAUUGAAGCCAGCGGGUGGGUUUGGAAAGUUUCUGAUGGUUCUCGCGGCAUUGAGCUCGAUUCCGAACAAUAUACCAAAUAAUUACUCCUUCGCUUUGCACGCUCAAAAUCUUGGUUCUUGGGCAAUCCGAAUUCCACGAGUGGUGUUGGUGACAAUUGGGUCGGUGGUUGCAGUGAUUGUCGGCUGCUGCGCAGCCAAGUAUUUCGAUGACGCUCUGCAGACCUUCCUCAGUGUCAUUGGAUAUUGGACAGUCAUCCAUGCUACAGUUGUGAUGGAGGAGCACUUCAUUUUCCGCCGGCGCUGGACGGCGUAUGACCUGGAUGCCUGGAACAAUCCGGCAGCCUUGCCAUUUGGAUGGGCAUCGGCAGGGGCGUUUUGCUUCGGAUUUGUGGGGGCUGCCCUUGGAAUGCAUGUCACCUGGUAUUCUGGACCGAUUGCGUCGUUGAUCGGCCGUGGUGCGAAUAUCGGUCAUGAGCUGACAUUUGCCUUGUCGGCCAUAACUUUUCCAUUGCUUCGCUGGGCCGAGAAAAGACAUGCAGGCUUUUAA